GAAGAGAUCAUUGGUAUGCUGAUUGGGCACUGGGAGACAGUACCUAGUAGCAACCCCUAUUUAAGUGAAAAGACCGUUGGUAAAGUAAAGCAUAUCUCAUUCCUGACUCGGUCAGACAAGCGAAAAGAUCGUGUUGAAAUUGCACCCGAGAGUUUACACUUGGCUGCCCUAGAAGCAGAAGAAUUUAGUAAAAAGAGCAACUUUCCUAUGAUGGUGAUUGGUUGGUAUCAUAGUCAUCCUCAUAUCACUGUAUUCCCUUCCCAUGUGGAUGUAAGAACACAGCUAUCUCAGCAGUUAAUGGAUGAACGCUUUUUUGGGGUCAUUGUAUCUUGUUUUGAUACCCAUCAUGAUAAUGUAACAAAAAAAAAAAAGCGUUGCUACAAACAAUAA